GCGCCCGGAGCCGGGCUCCCGCGGGCCCCUCGGGAGCGCCCCCGGGGCGCCGCGGCUCUUCGGCCGGCCCCUGUCGGCCGGCUGCUGUUGAGCCGCAGCCCUCCAUCGCUGGAUGCCGUGGUCCCCGGGAGAAGCUCGCCUGCGUUGGGGCAGAACGGCGGCGGCGCUGCGCCGGAUUCCGCCCUCCGCGUAGUGGUUCUGCGCCCGGCCACGGUGGGCCAGCCGCCGGCAGCGAGGAACCGGGAGCUUGCGGAGCCAGCGACUCAACCCUCGGGACCUGCGGGCGCGGGCCAGCCUGCUGGGUCUGGGGGGACAGGAGGAGACGAGACGGGAAGGGCCGCACCGCAGGAGCCGGUCCUCGCCCCCGCCCCCUGCGCGGACACGCCGGAGGCUCUGUUCGCCUUUCGCGGGGGCCACGCUCCCACUCGCGCCUCCGGAGGUGGGGGAUGCGGGCGACGGCCCCCCCGGCUCCAGGACCCUCCUCCCCAGGGCUCCGGAGCUCUUGCUCCGCCCGCCGCCCCCUCCCCCGUCCUCUCCACCCCCCAUCCCACCUCCCCACCCCUCGUAAGAAAAUAAUGCUGGCAGGAGCCUGCACUUCCCAGUCGCUCCCAGUGCGCUGCGAGCAAAGGGCACCCGCUGCGUCUCCGUGCCGGGACCCCUGCCGAGCCGCCCUCGUCGCCACCUUGCUGGGAGAGUCGCUGCGCUCCGCUUAGGCAGAAGCCGUGAGCGCCGCGCCCGGGGAACUGCCAGCUUCGGAGAGGCGCCGCCCGCAAGGACACCUCUCCGUCCCGCCUGGUCCUCAACUCCCGGCCCGAGCUCGACGCGAGCCAGGAGUCCGGACGUCUCUGCGCGCGGCGCAGCAGCCAGAGCUGUCCCCACUGCCCCCGCUCGGAGCCAACUCCGUCUCGGACCUGGGACUCUGGACUCUGAUUCGUAGCUACUUCUCACCUCGGGGCUGCGCUGUCUCCCCGCUAGCCUUCCCGUUGUCCUCCACCGCUCAGGACGGGGGUGCCACGAUGUCCCGCUGCUGCGCAGGGCCCCGGGCCUCCCUCGACGUGUGACCCUAGCUUGGUCCCCCUGCUUGGCCGUCCGCCCUCUCCUUGGAGACCCCCGGCCCGGCCCCCGGGGGAAGAGGAAGAAGACGACGAGGCCGAGGGGGGGAUGUCCGGCUCCAAAAGCGUGAGCCCCCCGGGCUACGCUGCACAGACAGCGGCGUCGCCGGCGCCCCGGGGAGGCCCGGAGCAUCGCGCCGCUUGGGGAGAAGCCGAUUCCCGCGCCAAUGGCUACCCCCACGCCCCCGGGGGAUCGACCCGCGGCUCCACCAAGAGAUCUGGGGGAGCAGUGACCCCACAACAGCAGCAGCGCCUGGCCAGCCGUUGGCGCGGGGGCGACGACGACGAAGACCCUCCACUAAGCGGUGAUGACCCUCUGGCCGGGGGCUUCGGCUUCAGCUUCCGCUCGAAGUCCGCCUGGCAGGAGCGCGGCGGCGACGACGGUGGUCGCGGCAGCAGGCGGCAGCGGCGGGGCGCGGCUGGAGGGGGCAGCACCCGGGCGCCCCCUGCGGGUGGCAGUGGCAGUUCGGCGGCGGCCGCAGCGACCGCAGGUGGCACGGAGGUGCGCCCCCGCUCGGUGGAGCUGGGUCUGGAGGAGCGUCGAGGAAAAGGCCGCGCGGCCGAGGAGCUGGAGCCCGGGACUGGCAUUGUCGAGGAUGGAGACGGGUCCGAGGAUGGAGGCAGUUCCGCGGCGUCAGGCUCUGGGACCGGCGCGGUGCUGUCGUUGGGCGCCUGCUGCCUGGCCUUGCUGCAGAUAUUCCGCUCUAAGAAGUUCCCGUCGGACAAACUGGAGCGUCUGUACCAGCGCUACUUCUUCCGCCUGAACCAAAGCAGCCUCACCAUGCUCAUGGCUGUGCUGGUGCUCGUGUGCCUGGUCAUGCUGGCUUUCCAUGCGGCGCGGCCCCCUCUCCAGAUAACCUACCUGGCCGUUUUGGCAGCUGCUGUGGGUGUGAUCCUUAUCAUGGCCGUGCUUUGCAACCGUGCCGCCUUCCACCAGGACCACAUGGGCCUGGCCUGCUACGCGCUUAUUGCAGUAGUGCUGGCCGUCCAGGUAGUGGGCCUGUUGCUGCCACAGCCACGCAGCGCCUCCGAGGGCAUCUGGUGGACCGUGUUCUUCAUCUAUACCAUCUACACCCUGCUGCCUGUGCGCAUGAGGGCUGCGGUGCUCAGCGGGGUGCUUCUGUCGGCUCUCCACUUGGCCAUCUCUCUGCACACCAACGCCCAGGACCAGUUUCUGCUGAAACAGCUUGUCUCCAAUGUCCUCAUCUUCUCCUGCACCAACAUUGUGGGUGUGUGCACUCACUACCCAGCUGAGGUCUCCCAGAGACAGGCCUUCCAGGAGACCCGGGAGUGUAUCCAGGCUCGGCUUCACUCCCAGCGGGAGAACCAGCAACAGGAGCGUCUCCUGCUGUCUGUCCUUCCCCGUCAUGUUGCCAUGGAGAUGAAAGCAGACAUCAACGCCAAGCAGGAGGAUAUGAUGUUCCACAAGAUUUACAUCCAGAAACAUGACAAUGUGAGCAUCCUGUUUGCUGACAUCGAGGGCUUCACCAGCCUGGCAUCCCAGUGCACUGCCCAAGAACUGGUCAUGACCCUCAAUGAGCUCUUCGCCCGCUUUGACAAGCUGGCUGCGGAGAAUCACUGUUUACGGAUUAAGAUCCUCGGGGAUUGUUACUACUGUGUCUCCGGGCUGCCUGAAGCCAGAGCCGACCACGCCCACUGCUGCGUGGAGAUGGGAAUGGACAUGAUCGAGGCCAUCUCGUUGGUCCGGGAGGUGACAGGGGUGAACGUGAACAUGCGUGUGGGAAUUCACAGUGGGAGAGUGCACUGCGGUGUCCUUGGUCUCAGAAAGUGGCAAUUCGACGUAUGGUCUAACGAUGUCACUCUGGCCAACCACAUGGAGGCUGGUGGCAAGGCAGGACGCAUCCACAUCACCAAGGCCACACUCAACUACCUGAAUGGGGACUAUGAGGUGGAGCCAGGCUGUGGUGGCGAGCGCAAUGCCUACCUCAAGGAGCACAGCAUCGAGACCUUCCUCAUCCUACGCUGUACCCAGAAGCGGAAAGAAGAGAAGGCCAUGAUCGCCAAGAUGAACCGCCAGAGAACCAACUCCAUCGGACACAAUCCGCCUCACUGGGGAGCCGAGCGCCCUUUCUACAACCACUUGGGUGGCAACCAGGUGUCCAAGGAGAUGAAGAGGAUGGGCUUUGAGGAUCCCAAGGACAAGAACGCCCAGGAAAGUGCGAACCCAGAGGAUGAAGUGGAUGAGUUUCUGGGCCGGGCCAUUGAUGCCAGGAGCAUCGACAGACUGCGAUCUGAACACGUCCGCAAGUUCCUCCUGACCUUCAGGGAGCCUGACUUAGAGAAGAAGUACUCCAAGCAGGUGGAUGACCGAUUUGGUGCCUAUGUGGCUUGCGCCUCGCUUGUUUUCCUCUUCAUCUGCUUUGUCCAGAUCACCAUCGUGCCCCACUCCCUGCUCAUGCUGAGUUUCUACCUGGCGUGUUUCCUGCUGCUGGCCUUGGCGGUGUUUGUGUCUGUGAUCUACGCCUGUGUGAAGCUCUUCCCCACUCCCCUGCAGACACUCUCCAGAAAGAUAGUGCGAUCUAAGAAGAACAGUACCCUGGUUGGGGUGUUCACCAUCACCCUGGUGUUCCUCUCGGCUUUUGUCAACAUGUUCAUGUGCAACUCUAAGAACCUGGUGGGCUGCCUGGCAGAGGAGCACAACAUCACGGCGAACCAGGUCAACGCAUGUCAUGUGAUGGAGUCGGCCUUCAACUACAGCCUGGGUGACGAGCAAGGCUUCUGUGGCAGCCCCCAGCCCAACUGCAACUUCCCAGAGUAUUUCACCUACAGUGUGCUGCUCAGCCUGCUGGCCUGCUCCGUGUUCCUGCAGAUCAGCUGCAUCGGGAAGCUGGUGCUCAUGUUGGCCAUUGAGUUCAUCUACGUGCUCAUCGUAGAGGUGCCCGGCGUCACACUCUUUGACAACGCUGAUCUUCUGGUCACCGCCAAUGCCAUAGACUUCAGCAACAACGGGACCUCCCAGUGCCCUGUGCAUGCGACCAAGGUGGCACUGAAGGUGGUGACGCCCAUCAUCAUCUCUGUCUUCGUGCUGGCUCUGUAUCUGCAUGCCCAGCAGGUGGAGUCCACUGCUCGCCUUGACUUCCUCUGGAAACUGCAGGCCACAGAAGAGAAGGAGGAGAUGGAGGAGCUCCAGGCCUACAACCGGCGCCUGCUGCACAACAUUCUGCCCAAGGAUGUGGCUGCCCACUUCCUGGCCCGUGAACGGCGCAAUGAUGAGCUGUACUACCAAUCCUGCGAGUGUGUGGCUGUCAUGUUUGCCUCCAUUGCCAAUUUCUCCGAAUUCUAUGUAGAGCUAGAGGCCAACAAUGAGGGUGUCGAGUGCCUACGGCUGCUUAAUGAGAUCAUCGCAGACUUUGAUGAGAUCAUCAGUGAGGAUCGGUUCAAGCAGCUGGAAAAGAUCAAGACCAUAGGUAGCACCUACAUGGCUGCCUCUGGCCUCAACGACUCCACCUAUGACAAGGCAGGCAAGACCCACAUCAAGGCUCUUGCAGACUUCGCCAUGAAGCUGAUGGAUCAAAUGAAGUACAUCAAUGAGCACUCCUUCAACAACUUCCAGAUGAAGAUCGGGCUCAACAUUGGACCUGUAGUGGCUGGGGUCAUUGGGGCUCGCAAGCCUCAGUAUGACAUCUGGGGCAAUACAGUGAAUGUGGCCAGCCGUAUGGACAGCACUGGGGUGCCUGACCGCAUCCAGGUUACUACAGACAUGUACCAGGUGCUGGCCGCCAACACAUACCAGCUGGAGUGCCGGGGUGUGGUCAAGGUCAAGGGCAAGGGUGAGAUGAUGACCUACUUCCUCAAUGGAGGGCCUCCCCUCAGUUAGCAGAUACCAGCCAGAGGAAUCAGCAUCCCGGUCUCCAGAGGAUGGGAACAGCUUCUUUGUGCACCAUGGGCAGAUAGGACCUGUGCUCCAGGCUCACAGCUGCACUGGUAAAAUUUCCACUUUGACUCAGAAGCAACUUCUGCCUUUGCUGGUGGGCAUGGCUUUUGGCCUAGGCCCAGGGUGCCAGCGUCCUGCGAGCACCGAGCUGACCAAAGAUGUUCCCCUUGGCAGAAGAUUCCGCUAGACUCGAGUUGAACCUCGAGUUUUCUGACAAGUGCUGCUGCUGCAUGGUGGAGGUGCUACAGGAGCCUUCAUUGGUGGGCGGCAUGGCACACAGUGGCCGGCCUAGGGGUGUCCAUGGACCUCAAGGGUCUGCUUUUUCCACUGUGGGGGAGGGCAGGAACUAGGAGAGGUAUGGCGUGCCAUCCUCUCCCCACACCUCCACACACACAGACAAUUCCCUGUAAGGGAAACAGGACUGUUGACAAGGGGGAGGUGAGAGGACACCAGGCAAGGAGCAGUGGCUCUGAGCAAAAGAAAAUAUUUAUUAAAUAAAACAAAACAAGUUUUCUCUGCCCGUCUUUAGACUAUGCUAGUUGUACGCGUGUAAGAGACACACAAGCAAACGAGGAUGCCACUGGGGGAGGGAGGUGGGAACCCCAACUUGUCUUUUUGUAUUUUUUAUUUUGUAUUAUUGAAACCUUGGAGAUCUAACAAAUAUACCAAAUUCUAUAUUUUGUAAAUUCUACUAGGAAACAGCUGUGCCCAGCAGGGCAUUUCUGCUCCUCUGUACUGUACGUAUGUCAGUGUGUGUACUGGUGUACGUGUGUGUUCCCCUCAUUUCAGACUUGGCAGGUUUUGGUUUUUCUAGGCAUAGCAAGAGCAGGGGUGUGUGUUGUUUUGGGGCACCACACUAGUCCCUCUUUCUAACCCCACCUUACAUACAUCCCAUUUCCCAAGUAAAUAAAUGCCAUCGGAACGAGAAGGCAAAGGCACUGUUCCUGCCCCAGGUGGUGUCCGAGCAUUCUCCAUUUACUAGUGCUGCCCUUCUGUGCCAUCCUAGAGAUGCUGCAAGGUCCCCUCCCCUCGCAGAGGCAGCCCCCACAGGUUCCUAGGGCUGGAGGAAGCCCAGGCUCCACAGCCUCCUCUGUUGGCCCUGGUGUGGGGAGGGGGACGGGAGGGCUGUCUUGGAAAGGGUCCCUGUGACCUGAGGAUGCAAUCUAUCAGUCCUGGGUUUAGGGAAAGGGUGUAGCCUUGGCCUUCCACCCCCAGACACAGCUAAGAUUUUGUCUGGUUUUGGUGGAAGGGGACAGGUAAACACCCUGAGGAGAAAAUACUGUUUUUGUACUUUCCAAGAACACCUUUGAAAAAUGAUAUUCUAUCACAGAUAAACUUGAACAGCACCCUUACUGUCUGCCUAGAUCCUCUCAUUGCUUCUCAGGGUGCAAUUACUCUCCCCUCUAAUAGGAGAGGAAAGGUGAGGUGGCAGCCAAGUGCCAGCUCAAUGUUCCUGUGAUGUCCUUCACCAUCCUCCAGCCCCGAGAAACAAAGUAUGAGCCCCAGACUGCUGCCCCUGCAUCUGUUCUUGUGCUCUGCCGCUCCACCCGAGUUCUGCACUGCCCUCACCUCUGGUACGGGGCUGCUUCUUUUGCACUGUUCUCAAGUUCCCAGCCCUCCACAUGUCCUGCCAAUGCCAGUGGGUUUCUGUUUAGCUUCCAACCAGAGUACAGUGUGUGUGCUGAGUUUAUACUGUGUUUUCCCAUGGAGGGAGGCUCCUCCCCACUCCAGCAGUGACUGGUGACAGCGUGCAGUGCUAGCUCUUCGUUCCCUCUAAGGGGUGUGUGCACUCUUUUUAUUCCUGCUCUUGCAAAAAUGAUACAAUUAUGAUUUCCCAUGGAAAUUGAAAAGUCUAUUUAAAUAAUUUAACUAUUAAAAACACUUUCACUGGUA